AUGGAUUUUGUAUACGAAACAAAAGAAUCUAUUCUUAGCAAACUAUUCAACAAAAAAACCUUAAAACGAAAACACAAAUUGAAGAAGAAUAGAAAACUUGUAAAGUAUGAAAAUUACAAAAAACUUUAUUUAAAAGAGAAGAAACAAAAUGAAGAAUAUGUUUCUCUCUUGAAUAAUGUUCGUGACUAUUUUGGAAAAUCCUGGUAUACUUUUCUUAACGAUUGUGAAGAAGCAAAACAAUUCAAUGAUUAUUCAAGGUAUCUUGUAAACGAUAUCUUGAAAGAAGAUCAAGUCGAUAACGAAAUAAAAGAAGUUAUCAACUUGACAAAUGAAGAAGGUGUCGACAAAGUUGGUGAGAAAGAAGAAGGAGAUUUUGAUUACUAUUUUAAGCUCGAUAAGAAUAAUACAGUUUUACUCGACGAUUGUUUUAUGCAGCAUUUUGAACACAAUCAUACUAUCGAUAAUGAUUUAUUAUCAGGAGUUGAUGAAAACCUAUAUACUGAACAGGUUUAUUCAAACAAGGAUCUUUAUAUAGAUCCCAAAGUUCCAGUUGAUAAUACUGAGAACCUUGAUCAGGAAGUUAAUAAUAUUGAGAACCUUGAUGACCAAGAGGUUUCAAAUUAUACUGAGAGUUUUGAUUCAGACAAAGAUGAAUUAAAUAAUUUUAAAUGUCCUGUUAAGAUUCCAGAGGAUGAAUAUGAUUUCUUAAAUUUUUCUGAUUCUGAUUAA